UAAAACUUUAAUGAUACAUUCAGAAGAAGACAGUGCUAAUAGUUUUACACCUGAAUCGUAAUAUUGAUAUAUAUUCUUUAGAAAAGAACAAAAUCAUGAAGAGUAUAAAAAUAAAGACUCCAAAAAAUAUGCCAUAAUCGAUUAAUCAAUUCGUAUUAAAUUACUACGUCGUAUAAUUUCCAAAUAGGCAACCAUUAAGGAUGCAGCUAAAGAGUUUGGUGUUAACUUUUCAACUGCUAAAGCAAUUUUACAAACUUAUAGGAAAGAAGGAAGAAUAGGAAAGAAAAAAACUAGAGAAAGAAAUAAGAACAAAUAAGAAUCUGGAGAAAACAGUUCUCCAAGAAAGAUAUAAUCAAUGUAUAACUUAGAAUAACCUCAAUAAAUGAGAACAAUUUCACCAGAAUAGAAACCUUAAGCAUAACCGAUAAUUUAAACAAUUUUCCCUGUGAUGAGUUCACCUAAUCUAGAUAAUGCUGGUGCAUAGAUUGCUUUAGUGCUUUGUUAAAGAGAAUUAGCUCAAUAAAAAUUAAUUAAUUUCUAAUUAAUGAUGAUGAUACAAGUAAUUGAAUCUUUAUUAAUUUAGAACUUCAAAAAUAUUUCACAAUUCUAAGUCAAAGAAGAACCUAAUAUAAUUAAUUGA